CUUCCUGCACGUUUGUGCGUGCCUUGUCAUCACGCACGGCAGUUUCGGUUAGCAAACAUCUCCAUUCAGGUUCCGUUACAACGGGAAGAAGAUUUAGACUCCGAACUGGACAUCCAAAGGCAGUUCGGAAUGUUGAGUUCGUGACGGAGGCGGUGAGCUGAGCGUCCGCGGACACGACAGUCGGAUGAAGUGGGACUCCGCGUGACUGCAGGCAGGAGGGAGGCGGUGGGUCAGGGGGUGUGGGACUCCAUGUUUGCGCGGAGCACCUUCGACAUGGACUUGGACCUGAUAGAACCCGGGCCGCGGUUCAAGCUUUCUGCUCGUAUAUAAGACAAUGAUUUAAUCUCGACUGAAAGUGAAUGGAGGAUUUGGGUUCUGUCGCGGUGUCACCUCCCAGCGGAACGGGUCUGAUGCCGUGUGGUCAGUCGUCUGUGACCCGUCUGGUGCGGUUGAUGUGUUAGAAAGUCGGGGCACAUGUUCACGGGGGGCGCGCCUCCAGACUGACCGUCACCUCUGCGGGGGGUGAAAGGACGCAGGAUCAGCUGCGGCCUGCUGCGAUCUCGUGUUUCCGCAAAGACACUCGCGAGGAGAGAGAGCGCGAUGGAGAGGUUGGAGCAGAGAGUCAGCUCACAAAUGCAGGACAAUCUCUAAACUGAACACCAGGAUAGGCACUCAUUACAGUCAUUCCCCAAAAACUGAGUCAAAACUCUUGCACCAAAAAGCACAACAUGCCCUCACCAUCAGAUUCAAGCAGCAUGGCAUCGGUCUCAGGGUCCAGAGGCUGGUCAGACAGCCGCCGCGGCAUCUCUGGACGAGGACCGGGUGGUGCCCGCUUACUGUUAUACCUGGGGCUGUGUCACCUGGGAUUGGGAGCGAUGGUCCUGGCCUUCUCCUUUACCAGCAUGGCAUUCACCUCCUCAGCUCGGGUUCGACAGUCAUGUCCAUUCUGGGCUGGAUUUUUUGUGGUGGCCUCAGGGAUCGUUGGAAUAAUAUCAUGGAGAAGGCCAUUGACACUAGUGGUUUCGCUUUUCAUGCUGCUCUCUGCAGUGUGUGUGAUCCUCAGCCUGGCUGGUUCCAUGCUGUCCUGUCAGAACGCACAGAUGGUCAAGUCAAUGCUCACCUGCCAGGUGGAGAACGGUCUCUGUGUGUGCUGCACUCUCAGUCAGUCCUGUUCCAUCACCGAAGAGGAAAACCUGGUGCUUUAUUUAAACGCAGACUGCCACUCUGUUAGACAUCAGCUCAAGGACUUGCUGUUCAGCGCAUGUGGGCUCAGCAUCCUCUCCACCAUCAUCUGCACCCUUUCCACUGUGACCUGCAGCAUCCAUAUAUUCUCCUUGGACCUGGUGCACCUGCUUGCGCCGCAUCGCACUCGCGCCGUCAACCCAGAAUGCACCACUCCUCAGGACGCUUUUCUUACCAACAUAAUGGACUUUGAGGAGUUCGUCCCCCCGAUCCCUCCACCGCCCUAUUACCCCCCUGAGUAUACCUGCAGCUCAGAGACAGACGCACAGAGCAUCACCUACAACGGCUCGAUGGAAAGUCCAGUGCCCCUCUAUCCCACUGACUGUCCCCCACCGUAUGAAGCUGUAGUGGGACAGAGAGCUGUCAGCCAGGGAACCAUGUUCGAGUCCCAUGGCCCUGAGCAGUCGGCGGAGAGAGGAACGUCAACAGCGUUUAGUGGAGAAGUGUCCAUGGAUAGUGGUUCUCUGUUGAUGUCAGAGAUAGUAGACAUCCCAGAUGACUCCUCCCCAUCCGAAGACUCCUGUCUGCUCGAGGUGGGAAUGAGGAACCCAGGGGGCAAUAGGACGGCCAGCGAGGGUGGAGACGCCGGAGAUGUAAGCGAGUAUGUCAGCUUUCGUAGUCCACGAUCUCAGACUCCAGAAAGUCCACUGGCCGGCGGCCCCAGAGCAAGACGCUUCCUCAGAGGAGAGAGAUCCAACUCGUGCUCUUCGCCCAGCUCUGCUACCACUACGUACAGGUCGCCAGUGUUACGUCGGCAAGCUGUGCUAGCAAGUAGCUGCUCCCAACUGGAAGCUGUCGGAAGUUCCAGUGCUAGACAACACUCCUCCAUCCCAGACAUCCGCCCAAACACAGCUGGGCGGGAUUCGACGUCUGCUGAUCCAGCUGGGGAACAAGGUGGAGAUGUGAGUCGUAGGUCAACCUACUUAUUCCAUCAAGCGCCAGCUCGGAAACAGCGAGGUCAGAAGGAUGGAAGCACUGUUCGAAGGGAUAGUGAAGGCUUUCUACGCCUUGUGCGGUCCCACAGUGAGCCUGGUUUUGGUUCCUCUACUGACACAGUUGACCUUGUCACUGGAUGUGGCAAAAUCUCUGCUGACACAGGAGAAAGCCUGCUGGCUCAUACCUCUGUGUAUCCAGCUGAGGUCUUGCCAACAAAAGACAGCAUGAAAUCAGCUGCAAUGCAGGUGCCACCCAAACCCUCACAGGUCUCACCACAGCGUCUUCCGAAAGACUGCCACCGUUCUCUCGGAGAUCUCAAGGUGACACGAGGACUUGUGGCUCGCUUUCUGCAGCGAUCAAGACGCAACCUUUCACCCUCGACAGAGAACUCUGGGAACACUGGACCGGCACCCAAGAGGAGAACCGGGACAGAACCUACUCACCACCCACCUAUGGAGCAAGUUCUCCGGACCCCUUGGAGUACCAGCCGAGGUCACUCCAACCACCAUUCCCAUCAUUCCCACCAUCGUGGUCACCACCAUUCCCACAGUGACAGCAGACCCAACCGACACAACAGCAGCCGGACGACAGGUGAGGGGAUCCACCUGCGUAGCUGUGGAGAUUUAAGCUCCUCCUCCUCGAUACGAAGAUUAGUGGCUCCAUAUCCCUCGCACGGAUCAUCCGGAGCCCUGUACUCUGAGUCCGCCCUGUGAGGUCACCGGAAUGUUUAGGUCUGAGCUGUGAGGAGGAAGGCUCACCAGUGGAGUCAUAAAAGAAUCUCUAAGGCCUUAUUCAGUGGUGCUCACUCCGAACAUGAAGCUCACGCUAACGUCAGCUGUGAAAGGACCCCUCUGUCGACAGGACAAUUCUUCUUUGAGCCAAGAAACAACCUGUGCUUUACUUUUUUGCCGUCCAACUUCUGUCUCUCUCAAAACGAACCACAAGGACGUGGAGUUUUUGUGUCACUCUCCAUCAAGAGGACUGUCACAGUUGACCGUGGCUGAUUUCAAAAAUGUGUCUUCCAUUCAUAACAAUUGAAAUUACACAGUAAGCUAGCUUUAGUGUAAGAUAAACUGAGGGGACUGAGCAUUUUCACGACUCAAAACAUGCUUCUCGGCUCCUGAUGAUUUUGAAUGAACACUCUCCAAUGCAGUCCUCUAUCAAAAAUCACAAAUGCACGUCACAGAAACAAGUUUUGGUAUGUACUCUCUGUGAUCCAAGCACAUGUGGUUUGAUUUACACUGGUGCAUGUUUUGCUUCGAUAACGCAGAAACCUUGACGCCUUUGUGAUAAUCUAUCAUGUCCUCUUUUUCUGCAUGUUUGAAGAAUGCUUCGUGUUCAUUUUUCUUGCACCCAACAGUAUAUAUUUCAAAUGAUUCCACUGCACUGCAGCUUCAAGAACAAAUCAUUAUUGAGCCACAAUCUGGAUAUGGGUGUUUUGACCUUAAAUAUCCAUCAUUGGUUUUAUCCUGUAAAAUAAAUAUCAAACUAAACAGUGACUCUUGUAAAAUAGUAGGUGCCCUGUAAUAAAUAUUGGCUUGAAGAAUUGAUGAGAGGACCAUUUGAGAUUACAUGUCAUAUGUUGUUGAACUUUGAAAAUUCUUUUUAACAAGGUUAUAAAAUGGCAAUGCUAGAUAGUUGUAUUACAUUUUAAAAAAUCAUAUUACCAUAAAGCCCUUUGACAGACAGAUGCUUGUGUUUCUACCUCGUGUCUUGAAAUGUUAAUUUAAUAAAUGUAUAUAUGUUCGACUGGCUUUACAGAAUAUCAGGCAAAGCCUUGAAAUGUGAAAUAAAGUGUCUGUUAAUA